AUGGACCGAACUCCCGUAUGGACCGCGUUCGUAACACAUUACCUUCACAAACGCGGCUGGCUGAAACUUGUCGACAAUCGGACCGUCGUCGUACGCGAUCUAAAACUUAUCAUUUUAAUGUUGGCCAAAGACUACAAUCCGCCGAUGACCAGUCGCGGGGAGCAUACCCUCAAAUUUUCUACUCGAAAUGACGCCAAAGACUUUCUGGAGGUAAUGGAAGAAUUAGCCAUUAAAAUUGUCCCAAAUUCGUUGCCGCCUAAGACCGCCAGCGCCGCGGAAGAUGCCGGUCAGGGCCUUGUUGUAACUGAUGGCUGA